AUGGUGCAAAAUCUGUGUAGUUUCUCGGUCAGCAGCUUCAGUGCCGCGGCAAUCGGAGUCACUGCACUCACCUAUUUCAACAAAUACAAUGGGCUUUACUUCUGGACCAUGCAGGUUGCGUCGUGGGGAAUCUUCUUUCACGCCGUCCCAGCCGCAAUUCGCUAUAUUACCGGAUCAUCGAUUCUGCCCGUGUGCGUACCUUUUAUCAUCGGUUGGUACUGCAUGGUAACCGGACAAGCAGUGGUACAAUACUCUCGUCUUCACCUGGUUGUGUUGGACAUGCGGCGCCUACGCUGGGUGUUAUGGAUGAUUAUCUUCAACUUCAUCGUCCUCCAAAUCCCAAUGACAAUACUAUUCCUCUUUGUUAAUCUCGGAAACACCCGUUUCAGUCGAGCAGCCAAAAUAUACGAUCGUAUCCAACUAUGCGGGUUCUGUAUCCAAGAAAGUAUCAUCAGCAUCAUCUACAUUUACGAGUCAUGCCGAGCUCUCAAACCACUACAGCAAGUCCGCGGCCGCGCAUAUCGCAGGGUACACUGGCAUCUGAUAAUUGUCAAUGCAGUGGUUUUGAUAUUAAACGCUCUCUUAUUGUUCAUGGAAUAUCAAUACCACACGCUAGAAGUCAGCCUCAAAACAGUGGUCUAUACCAUAAAGCUGAAAAUCGAAUUUUCUGUACUUAGAAAAUUGACUUCGCUGACAGGUCCCCGACAAUGUACAUGUCAGUUAUCAACCGACCUAGUAACCCGGUCCAGUGAUUUGAAUAUAUUCGAUACAUUUUCGUCGGGCAACUAUUCAGCCCAUCCUGCAACACUGCAAGAUUCCCCAGUCUUUGUCGUCCAAGCUCCUCAGCGGGAAUCAGUUCAGAACAGCACGUACGAGUUUCACCAGGCGCUACGCGAGACAUCUUCGGCCAAUAGCGUUCUUUCGCGGGCGAAGACAUAUGUGCCUCUAGAAAUCCCCCAAAACACCAUCUAUGACGGUGACAGCCCUUGUUGA